AUGAAACUUCGUUGCAACUUUGUCCUUAUUUUGUUGCAAACAAACUCAAUUUUAACAAAAGCUUAUGGCCAAAAAUAUGACUACAUCGGCUGCUUUCAAUGGGUUCGAUCCACUUUUUACGAAAUUCAUUAUAAUGUCGAAGAUUGUUUUAUAUAUUGCAGAAGAUCGAAUUUAUUUAGUAACAUGAUCGGCUUGAAGAACGGCCGCGAAUGUCACUGCGUAAGAGGGGUCAGUUCGGCAGUGGCUUCCUGGCGGUGCAACAUGUUUUGUAAGAACUUCUCAUGCGGUGGGGUUGAGUUUUAUUCUGUUUAUAAAAUUCAACCACGUCAGGAACACGAUAUAUAUUAUUGCCAUGUGUAUCCGGAUAAGUCAGAGACCGCCAUAUAUUCACGAAAUUUUGACAAUCUGGAUAGCCUUGAAAUGUGUGCACAUUUCUGUUUGGAAAUGAACAUGACAUUCUUUAGGAAGACAAUAUUUCAUAAAAAAUGCGACUGUUUCCAGGAGGUCAAUUAUGGACAAUUUUUUCGCUCAGCCGAUGAAAGCUUCCGCGCUGAAUUAUGCUCCAAAAAUGAAGCAGAAAUUUGUGAAUAUUAUUUUGAAUCUCGUAGAGAUCUGCCGGCCAUAUUUUCAACGCGUUUAUUUUACGAAUUUCAGAGAGGAGUAUCAACGUUCUCUCACUGCAAAACCAUAAACUAUGAAAUAGAAGAAAGGUGUCCAGAAGGUUGUAGUGAAGGCUGGAAGGGAGAUUCGUGCAGAGAAAGAGAUUGUACAAGGAACAAUGGUGACUGUGGUGACGAGAUGAAAUGUAUUGAGUCCACGGUCAAUGGUAAUAAGUACGUUGAAUGCGUCUGCCCAUUGGGCACUGUAAGAAACAAGUGGAACUUGUGCGAGGUGUUUAGGGAGAACGUGGCUCUAAAUCAAGUAGAUUUUUUAAUGAGUACUUUUCACCCUGACGACAAAGACACCCCAAAUAACGGAAUAUAUAACGGUUACGUUAUGGAUGAUAACAACAAUCAAAAUACAAUAAGCGUUGUUUUCCACAAUCUUUAUUCCAUUGGAUAUAUUAGAAUUUACGGGAGGCUAUGUGAAAAUGAAAUAGUUUGCUGUCAACUAGAUAAGUUUGUGAUUAAACUCGGUCCAUCAGACGAUGCAAAAAAUCUUCCAGAAACAUGCGGCUAUGGACCUGACGAAGCCAUACAAGCUGGAAAUCCCAUGACUGUUAUCUGUAAAGAUUUUACAUAUCGUUCAAGACUUGUUGUUUUGCUGCAGUCAGACGAAAAGAUUGGGACAGGAAAUCCUGCAAUAGCAGAGAUGGAAGUUUAUGAAGUUAGUUGCGGUGUCUUGAACGGAAGAUGUGAACAAAGGUGCACUGAAUCGAAAGAUGGAGACGCACACGUUGUCAGCUGCAGUAGUUGGACUGAUGAACAAGCUGUAACAAACUCAUUUUACGGAUGUUACUUGAAAGUGUCAGGUGACCUUCUCUUCAAAAAGGCUGGAUUGUCGUACAUGCAAUGUAGGGAUGCCUGCAAUUCAAUGUCAAAAAGUUUAGCAGUGAUGCAAGCAGGUUUCAAAUGUUAUUGCAGCAGUAGUUUGAACAUAGCUGGUAACACCUCAGUGGAAGAUUGCAAGAAAGGCCAUUACAGAUCCAACCUUAUAUUUGAUGACUGUGACAUGCAAGAUGAUUUUUGCUGUAAAGUUAUGUUAACCAACAAUAACGGUAAAGUUAACACUUUUGCCGUUCUCGGAGCUCCAACUGAUCCUGUCGCGAUUUUCUUUACGACAAUCGGGGCAUCUGUCGCCGAUUCUCCGACAAUAGCUUUGAUCUUGGCGGUAGCAUCUUCUACUUCUAUUUUUCUAGUUCUGGUGUUUGUUGUACUUGUGAGCGUAAUACGGAAAACCCUAAAAAAGAAAAAAGCUUUUGCAAGAAGUUUGUCUGGCAGAACGCGUCGUAACCACAGCAGAACUCCACGUAGAACCGAUAAGAAUCUUCGUAAAAACCAGAAUGAAAAAGUUUCUACUCAAAUGAAGAAUGUUGUUUCUAAAAAGUUAAUAGAACCUCUUCCCUCAAAUCCGGAGGUAACUCUGACCCCAGGUGCACCAACAAAAUCUGAAAAAAUUAUUCUUUCCAUUGUGAACUCAGAUCCGUCUACAUUGGAUGAACGUGCAGUUACAAAGCUGGAGAAAAAACAUUCUUCAAGCGGUGAAUCUGUCAGUCUCAAUUUUUUUUCAGCCGCAUAUUCUAAAUAA